AUGGCGACUGCAAGCACAGCCCUGGGAAGAAGACCUGCAAGGCUAGAUGGACAGGUGCUCGUGCAUGCCUCGACCUACGGGAAUGUGGGGACCAGUUCGAGGCAGAAAGUGGUCCCCCUUCGAAACGUGACCAGAGCAGGGUCCUUCUCUAGAGUCCUUCUCCACAACAAUUUCUUGAGUCAGAAGCAUUCCGAGGCCGGGUCAAAUGCAAAGAAGAGAACGUCUAGAAAACUUUGCCCCGCACAGUAUCUGGGAAUCAGAGCUGCAGCGAGUGCAACUCAUGAGGGAAAUGCAGGGGACGAUAGAAAGACACUCUUUUCUUUUCAGGGCUUUUCUAGUGAGGGAGGCCAUGACAAGGCGGGAAUGCAGCAUGCACGUGGCAGCGCUGACGAUCAGACCCAAGCCUGGGACGUUCUGGGGAACGGAAAGAAGCAGAAUGCAGGGAGACGGACGUCUGCUGACGUUGCAUCCGGGUCGGCUGACGUCAGCAAAGACCAGCCUGCGCAGCAGAGGGAGCGCAUGCAGAAGAAAGGCGAUGAAGAGGGGUGGGGAGAAAGAGAGGCGGCGUGGCAGCGGAUGAAGGUGCCGAGGCUGACUGCGGUCGGGACGCCUUACCCCAGCACGUGGAUGCGACUAUUUCAGAUCGUGAGGUCUCAGCCGAAACGUCUGUUUCACAUCGUGAGGGUUCACCCGGAGGAGAGAGAGGGUGGCAAAACGGAGCGGACGGGAGGGGAUGGAGAUGCGCAGAGGCGGGACGGAGAUCAGCGAAACAAGGGGAAGGGCGAUGACUCGCGGAAGGAAGGCAGAGGGGACGGAGAAAAGCAGGGGAGGAGAGUUGCGCUGAAGGAGAGAGGCAAUGAGCAGGAUCCAUGGGCAGGAGAUGAAAGGAAGGAGAAGCAAGGGAUAGGAGAUGGGCGAAUAGAGAUACGAGGUGAGCAGAAAGAGGAGAAAGGGCACGAGCAGCAUAAGAAACGAGACGAGCAGGAGGGGGGGAUAGGAGAUGGGCGGGAGAUAAGAGGCGAUGAGCAGCGGGGGGUGGAGCCGGACGAAGAGGCGAAGAAGGCGGUGCACGUGGCGGGCCUGGAAAAGGACCGGCAGGAGGAGCGGGUCGAGAAGCGCGUCAGGGCCAGAAAAGCAGAGAAGAAAGCAAAGGAAGAGGAAACAUUGAGCCCGCAUUCACACCCGGUGAGCGACUGGAGCACACAGGAGGUGGUAACGUGGGCUGCGGACCAAGGCUUCCUCACAACUAAGGUGGACGUCCACCGCUUCCUCAAGGCCAAGAUCGCGGGCGCGGACCUGCCCUACUGGACGUCCGAAGACUUCGAGGAGAUUGGGCUGCCCAAAGGCCCCGCUAAGCGCCUCGUGCGCGCAAUCAACGAACUGGCGGUUCGGCGCACCAUCCGCGUCCAGUUCCCCUUCGACUGCGUCCCUGCCGGCGAGGAGGAGGCUGACGUCACUGACGAAGAGAAGAGUGACGCCAGCCCUGACGCCAUCCUGACCGCGGAGGUGACGGUAAGAGAUGACGACGAGCUGACGGAGUUCCUGGGCGAGAUGUGCGCGCUUGGGCUGGUGCGCAUUCGCGACGAGAGCGCCACGUCAGCAGCCGAAGAGAGUGCCACGUCAGCAGGCGAGCAGGGAGAACAUGAUGCCCCGUCAGCAUCGGCGGGGGCCGUGAGGCUCGCCCGGUCGAUCUGGGACCUCGAGAACGGCGGGCUGUACUGGCCUUUCUAUGCAGACUAA